AUUUUCAAUGACGGCCUAGGAACGGGCAGAACAGAUUUUUUUUACCUUGUCAGCUCGGGGAUUCGAUCUUGCAACCUUGCGGUUACUAGUCCAACGCUCUAACCACUAAGCUACCUGUCACCUCUGACUACUUAGUCAGUAAUUAAGUUAAUUGGCUCCUCUCUGUCCUCACCGCCGCUGUGCUCCGCACUGCUGCACGCUGCUCUCUCUCUCUCCUCUGACUUCAACUUUCUAGCCAAUGUUAGCUUGCUAGCUUUUUUCAUCACUGUCCCAGAAUUGUCCUGUAGUGCAAUUUAAAUUGUCCCAAACUGAACAUGAACUUCCCAAAUUCAAAUACGUGUUGAUGUUUUUUGAUAUGCCAACAUGGGUCUACUCUAGAACAUAUAGGUCAUUCAUUCAUAGGGAUGUAAACGACUAAUAAGAAGAGCCUACUACUAAAAUAAAUACAUGGAACUCUCAACUGAGCCAGAAAUUCACAUAAAAUUUCCUCUAAAAUGGCCAACAAUAAUAUUGACAUAUAUUGUGCAUAAAUAUACAUAAAUAAUUAGUCUACAUGUAAAAGUGUAGCCUAGGUUAUUUAAGCAAUAAGGCCAGAGGGGUUGUGGUAUAUGGCCAAUAUACAACGGCUAAGGCUGUUCUUAUGAACGGCGCAACACGGAGUGCCUGGACACAGCCCUCAGCCGCAGUAUAUUGGCCAUAUACAGUGCAUUCGGAAAGUAUUCAGACCCCUUGAUUUUUCCCACAUUUUGUUAUGUUACAGCCUUAUUCUAAAAUGGUUUUAGUUAAAUAAAAUCCUCAGUAAUCUACACACAAUACCUACACACAAUACCAAAUACGUAUCUGGGACACCUGCCAAAUCUCCUGAGAGGGAAAAGGUUUUUGUCGUGCCCUCUUCACGACUAUCUUGGUAUGUUUGGACCAAGAUAGUUUGUUGGUGAUGUGUACACCAAGGAACUUGAAACUCUUGACCCGCUCCACUACAGCCCUGUUGUUGUUAGUGGGGGCCUGUUCAGCCCUCCCUUUCCUGUAGACCACAAUCAGCUUCUUUGUCUUGCUCAUAUUGGGGGAGAGGUUGUUGUCCUGGCACCACACUGCCAGAUCUCUGAGCACCAUGUCUCAUCGUUUUCAUUGAUCAGGCCUACCACCGUUGUGUCGUCAGCAAACUUAAUGAUGGUAUUUGAGUCAUGCUUGGCCACACAGUCGUGGGUGAACAGGGAGUACAGGAGGGGACAAGCACGCACCCUUGAGGUGCCUCUGUGUUGAGGAUCAGCGAGGCAGAUGUGUUGUUGCUUACCCUUACCACUUGGGGCGGCCCAUCAGGAAGUCCAGGAUCCAGUUGCAGAGGCAGAUAUUUAGUGGUCCUUAGCUUAGUGAUGAGCUUUGUGGGCACUAUGGUGUUGAACGCUGAGCUGUAGUCAAUGUACCGCAUUCUCACAUAGGUGUUCCUUUUGUCCAGGUGAGAAAGGGCAGUGUGGAAUGCAAUUUGAGAUUGCGUCAUCUGUGGAUCUAUUGGGGCGCUAUGCGAAUUGGAGUGGGUCUAGGGUUUCUGGGAUGAUGGUGUUGAUGUGAGCCAUGACCAGCCUUUCAAAGCACUUCAUGGCUAUCGACGUGAGUGCUACAGGGCGGUAAUCAUUUAGGCAGGUUACCUUUGCUUUCUUUGGCACAGGGAUUAUAGUGGUCUGCUUGAAACAUGUAGGUAUUACAGACUCGGUCAGGGAGAGGUUGAAAAUGUCAGUGAAGACACUUGACAGUUGGUGCGCACAUGCUUUGAGUACACAUCCUGGUAGUUCGUCUGGCCCCGGGGCUGUAAAUGUUGACCUGUAUAAAGGUCUUGCUCACAUCGGCUACCGAGACCGUGAUCACACAGUCGACCGGAACAGCUGGUGCUUUCAUGCUUGCUUAAGUGUUGCUUGCCUCGAAGCGUGCAUAAAAGGCAUUUAGCUCGACUGGUAGACUUGCAUCACUGGGCAGCUCGCUGCUGGGUUUCCCUUUGUAGUCUGUUUUUCAAGCCCUGCAACAUCCGACAAUCAUCAGAGCCUGUAUAGUAAGAUUCAAUCUUAGUCCUGUAUUGCCGCUUUGCCUGUUUGAUGUUUCAUCUGAUGGCACAGCGGGAUUUCUUGUAAGUGUCCGGAUUAGUGUCCCGCUCCUUGAAAGUGGCAGCUCUGGCCUUUAUCUCAGUGAGGAUGUUGCCCGUAAUCCAUGGCUUCUGGUUGGAAUAUGUAUGUACUGUCGCUGUUGGGACAACGUCGUAGAUUCACUUAUUGAUGAAGCCUGUGACUGAGGUGGUAUACUCCUCAAUGCCAUUGGAUGAAUCCCAGAACAUAUUCCAGUCUGUGCUAGCAAAACAGUCCUGUAGCGUAGCACUGCAUCAUCUGACCACUUAGGUAUUAAACAAGUCACUGGUACUACCUGCUUUAGUUUCUGCUUGUAAGCCGGAAUCAGGAGAAUAUAAUUAUGGUCAGAUUAGCCAAAUGGAGGGCAAAGGAGAGCUUUGUAUGCGUCUGUGUGUGAUUGUAAUGGUGGUCUUCUCUUUUUUUCUCUGGUUGCACAUGGUUGCUGGUAGAAAUGCUUGAAAAGUCUACAAAACUUAGUCCACUCUGUUCGGAACAGUUCUAGUUUUGGAAACAGAAAACUGUAUUGAGCUCAAAUGUUUAAUCGGUGAGAAAAGUUGCCGAAUGUCUCGCUCCAUUUUCUCCCAUUACCGGCCACUGGGCUUCCUCUGACCACCAUAUAAGGGUUACGUUAAAUAAAUAAAACGCUCCAUCGGCUCCGUUUGCAUAUUCUGUGUAGACCCCUUUAGCUAUGGCCAUAACCAAUGAAAAGGGGAAUCACUAUAGGAUAUGGUAAUUCAAGAGUACAGGAGCAAUGGUGAAUCUCGCUAAUACAGUUGUGGCCAAAAGUUUUGAGAAUGACACAAAUAUUACAUUUCACAAAGUCUGCUGCCUCAGUGUCUUUAGAUAUUUUUGUCAGAUGUUACUAUGGAAUACUGAAGUAUAAUUACAAGCAUUUCAUAAGUGUCAAAUGCUUUUUUUGACAAUUACAUGAAGUUGAUGCAAAGAGUCCAUAUUUGCAGUGUUGACCCUUCUUUUUUCAAGACCUCUGCAAUCCGCCCUGGCAUGCUUUCAAUUAACUUUUGGGCCACAUCCUGACUGAUGGCAGCCGAUUCUUGCAUAAUCAAUGCUUGGAGUUUGUCAGAAUUUGUGGGUUUUUGUUUGUCCACCCGGGCCUUGAGGAUUGACCACAAGUUCUCAAUGGGAUUAAGGUCUGUGGAGUUUCUUGGCCAUGGACCCAAAAUAUUAAUGUUUUGUUCCCCGAGCCACUUAGUUAUCAAUUUUGCCUUAUGGCAAGGUGCUCCAUCAUGCUGGAAAGGGCAUUGUUCAUCACCAAACUUUUCCUGGAUGGUUGGGAGAAGUUUCUCUCUGAGGAUGUGUUGGUACCAUUCUUUAUUCAUGGCUGUGUUCUUAGGAAAAAUUGUGAGUGAGCCCACUCCCUUGGCUGAGAAGCAACCCCACACAUGAAUGGUCUCAGGAUGCUUUACUGUUGGCAUGACACAGGACUGACGGUAGCGUUCACCUUGUCUUCCCCGGACAAGCUUUUUUUCAGAUGUCCAAACAACCGGAAAGGGGAUUAAUCAGAGAAAAUGACUUUACCCCAGUCCUCAACAGUCCAAUCCCUGUACCUUUUUGCAGAAUAUCAGUCUGUCCCUGAUGUUUUUCCUGGAGAGAAGUGGAUUCUUUGCUGCCCUUCUUGACACCAGGCCAUCCUCCAAAAGUCUUUGCCUCAUUGUGCGUGCAGAUGCCCUCACACCUGCCUGCUGCCAUUCCUGAGCAAGCUCUGUACUGGUUGUGCCCCGAUCCCGCAGCUGAAUCAGCUUUAGGAGACGGGCCUGGCGCUUGCUGGACUUUCUUGGGCGCUUGAAGCCUUCUUCACAACAAUUGAACCACUCUCCUUGAAGAUCCAAUAAAUGGUUGAUUUAGGUGCAAUCUUACUGGCAGCAAUAUCCUUGCCUGUGAAGCCCUUUUUGUGCAAGGCAAUGAUGACGGCGCAUGUUUCCUUGCAGGUAACCAUGGUUGACAGAGGAAGAACAAUGAUUCCAAGCACCACCCUUCUUUUGAAGCUUCCAGUCUGUUAUCUGAACUCAAUCAGCAUGACAGAGUGAUCAUGUUGCAGGGUAGCCUAGUGGUUAGAGUGUUGGACUAGUAACCGGAAGGUUGCAAGUUCAAACCCCCAAGCUGACAAGGUAAAAAUCUGUCGUUCUGCCCCUGAACAAGGCAGUUAACCCACUGUUCCUAGGCCGUCAUUGAAAAUAAGAAUUUGUUCUUAACUGACUUGCCUAGUUAAAUAAAGAUAAAAUAAAAAAUGUAUUUAUAAAAAAAAUGCCUUGUCCUUGUCAACACUCACACCUGUGUUAACGAGAGAAUCACUGGCAUGAUGUUAGCUGGUCCUUUUGUGGCAGGGCUGAAAUGCAAUGGAAAUGUUUUUUUUUAGGAUUCAGUUCAUUUGCAUAGCAAAGAGGGACGUUGCAAUUAAUUGCAAUUCAUCUGAUUACUCUUCAUAACAUUCUCGAGUAUAUGCAAAUUGCCAUCAUACAAACUGAGGCAGCAGACUUUGUGAAAAUUAAUAUUUGUGUCAUUCUCAAAACGUUUUGCCACAACUGUAGUCUAUAUUUGCAUCAAAGCUCAUCUGUUCAUCUGGCUGUUUGUUUUGAUAUGCAAUUGCUGGCUACCAAUUUAUCUUGCCAUUACAGUCUGUUCUGAUUAUUUUGAAGAAAACAUAAUGCUGUAUCUUCAAGAAUGGUGGGGUCAUGAAAAACCCAGCUCCUUGGUUGUGGAGUAGAGGAGAAGUAGUGCAUCGUGAGUGAUUCACAGACAAGACAGGGAGGCGAUGGAGGAAGAUGAGCGGGCUGUAGAAUUCAAGGGUCUGUUUGAGGACCCUGCCUUCAUCUGUGAGGACUCCCUGUUCUCAGACUACUCCACCCCUAUCGCCAGGUUCCAGGAUGACAUCACAUGGCUCCGGCCACAGGAGAUCUGCCCGUCUCCUACACUCUUCCCUGACAACACCAAUGACGGCCAUGCAAAGCAAGGCCUCCUGGGAGACUGCUGGUUCCUCUGUGCCUGCACAAUCUUACUGAAGUACCAGCAUUUGAUGAACAAGGUGGUGCCCCCUGCCCAGCCCCAGUGGGGGGAGAGGGGGUACCGGGGCUCCUUCCUCUUCCGUCUCUGGCAGCAUGGCUGCUGGACAGAGGUAACCGUUGACGACCGGCUGCCCUGCCUCAGAGGCAAGCUCUGCUUCUCGCGCUGCCAAUCCCCCACUGCUUUUUGGGUUGCUCUGCUGGAGAAGGCCUACGCCAAGCUGCAGGGGUCAUAUGAGCGCCUAUGGGCGGGGCAGGUCUCUGAGGCCCUGGUAGACCUGACAGGGGGGCUGGCGGAACGCUGGAGCUUGGGGGAUUGUGGGACAGAGGAGGACCAGGGUCGGGGGUCAUCUGACAGUGACUGGGUCAGGAAGAGGAGGCUGGAUCUGGACCUGCUGCAUGCGGUCAGAGAGGGCUGUUCAGUCAGCUGCUCUGUACACAGCGCCCCCGGAGGUGCCAGUGAGUUGGGGCAGUUCCAUGCCCUGAGUGUGAUGGAGUGGGUGGACGUGAGGAAGGUGGAACGGGGAGGAGUACGUCUAAUCAGGAUCAGAAACCCCUGGGGCAGACGCUGCUGGGAGGGAGCAUGGAGAGAGAGUGGAGAAGGCUGGAACUCUCUGGACCCGGCCUGUACUCUGAACCUGCUGGGCCGGGCCCAGGAGGCAGAGUUCUGGGUGGACGAGACUGAAUUCCUGUUGCAGUUUGAUGAUGUCACAGUGGGUUAUCCUAUCAAUGAGGAGGGACACCUGCAGAGCAUCUAUUCUGGCAAGCUGCUGACUCAUAGCCACCAGACCAGCGAUCGCUGGGUCAAAGGUCACUCAGCAGGUGGUUGCCGUAACAACAGUAGCUUUGGCAGCAACCCUCAGUUCUGGCUGCGGGUGUUUGAGAGGGGAGAGGUGCUGGUGUCUCUGCUACAGCACAGAAGGUAUAGCAGGAACACAGGACACCACUACAUACAGUCACCAGAAGAGGGCAGCAGCACCACACAACACCAACACUACCAGGCCAUCGCUUUGCACAUGUGGAAGGUAGAGAAGAAGUGUUUGAACCUGUCUAGGACUCUGAACAGCCCUCCCUGUGCCUCCACACACUGCCACGCCUACGAGCGUGAGGUGGUACUACACACACACCUGGACCCUGGCUGCCACCUGCUCAUCCCCAGUACCUUCCUCCAGGGGGGUGAGGGGAGCUUCCUGCUCAGGGUCUUCUCCUCUUCCCCCACCUCACUCAGUGCUGUGAAGACCCCGGGACCCUCUUUGCCAUUGGUAACAGAGGGGGAGUGGGAGACAAACUACUUACGGGGCGCAUGGGUCACAGGGUCAUCGGCCGGGGGGAGCAGGAACUUCCUGUCUCACUGGCAGAAUCCAAGGUUCCCGGUCACCAUGGGUGACAACAUAGCGGGGUCAACAGGGGUCAAUGUUAGGGUCACCCUCCACCAGAACUGCCCUGACACUGACCUCCAGGCCAUCGGCUUUCACCUGUACAAGACUCCAGAGGGACAGGAGCAGGCCGAGUCGACAGUACCCAGGGAGGAGGAACCGGUGGCCAGCUGCAUUCCUCACUGCUACACCCAGGCUGUCAGUCUGGCCUGCUGCCUUCCUCCAGGGGCCUAUGUCAUAGUGCCCUCCACCUACCAGCCUGACUCCCCAGGCCAGUUCACCCUCACUGUGGCUCGCAAAAUACACAGGAGAGUGGUGAAGAGUCAGGAAAGACUGGGGAGAGCCGUUCAAGAGGUCUCUCACAUAUCUGUGAUGCGUAGUUAGCUCUGGGAGCUGUGCUGCCGCUCUGCUGACGUGGGCUCACAUCACUUCGGCCCUUGGCCACACAUGAAAGGAGCGGGUCUCCCCCCCUCCUCCCCAUGCCGAACACUGUGUGUGUUUGUGUGCGCACGCACGGCCUGGGCUCAGGGCCUUUAUCCCCAGCCUGGCGAGGCUCAGGGAGCCGAUCGGCAUCUCUUCUUUCUGUCUCUCUCUCUCCCUUUCUCUCUCUCUCCCGGCUGCGAUUAGCACAUCACAGGUUGUCGUUGGGCCAGGCGCUAAUGGGAGCUGACGGGGCUGGCCGGUGUAAACAAACAGCCGCCAUUGAAGAGGCCCGCUCACUAUGCUCACUCGCUGGCCCGUCGGCCUGGGACAAAGGGCCCACUCAUGGAGCUCCUUGCUGGGGCAGAGAGGGCAGAAGCAAGGGGUCGGACCUCACCACACUGCAGUGCACCCACCCAGCCUCAGACCCAAACCCCAGGGCUGCCUGUGACUGAACUUUGCCUUCAUCCAUGCCCCCAGAGUAGAUAUAAGUUUCCCCUAACCAGUGAUAUUUUGUCAUCCCCUUAAUGUUUGAGUUUAGGAUUAAGGGUGUGGUGAAUGUGAUUAUAAAUAUGUGGUUAAGGACAGCUUUAACAUCAAGCCCUUGUCCUCCGACCACAAACAGAGUAGCCCCCUCACCCCACAACCCCCACACCUGAGACUCUGCUGCAGCCCCCCCCUAUCACCCUCACACCCUUAGAACUGGACCCGGACUGCUGUUUGAGGUGGCUGCAUGAUGAACAGUACAGGGGGCGAUAUGGGGCGAAGCGGCACUACUUAGGCAACAGAUUCUUUGGAAGAAGCCGCCAGUGUUUUGGCUCUGCACGCAGUGGCUGAAAAGGCAGUGUGUGUGUGUGUGUGUUUGUGUGUUGCUGGUGUGGUAACUAACUUGGGGACCACUGCCACUCCAACUGUUGACUGAUGACAAUGGUUUUAUUAUCUGAGAGUAUUACUGUGUUAUUGUACUUUUGUUGUCAGUGUGUUUGUGUGUUUAAAUAUACAGAAGAUGCAGUUGCUGAUGGAACUAUAAUAAAGUUGUAUCCUGCACACCA